GUCUUUUUCAACCCUGCGCUCGCAGCCAACAGACCUCCGCCGUUUCUUUUUUUUUCUGCGUUGCGUGCAAACAGACCGACAAUAUGAAGGUGUGCUAAAAAUUUGUGAUAAUACUGAUAUAAAUUAUAUCAAUUUGUGAAAUAUUGCGAAAAUGCUAAAGCGCAAGCAUUGGCGCGGUGAUCAAACAAAUUGCAAGCGAAAAUGUCCAGUGAUUGCGUUAAAAUAAGUGGAUGAUAUUAUCUCCGCUGCAAUUCGACUUAAUAUACAUUUAUAUGUAUGUUUAUGCAUUGUGUGUGACUUUUUUUUUUGCAUUGUGUGUUCCAGCUCAACGUUUCCUAUCCCGCGACGGGAUGCCAAAAGCUAUUCGAAGUGGUCGACGAGCACAAGCUGCGCGUCUUCUACGAGAAGCGUAUGGGACAGGUUGUGGAGGCCGAUAUCCUCGGUGACGAGUGGAAGGGCUACCAGCUGCGCAUCGCCGGCGGCAACGACAAGCAGGGAUUCCCCAUGAAGCAGGGUGUCUUGACCCACGGCCGUGUGCGUCUGCUCCUGAAGAAGGGACACUCCUGCUACCGUCCACGCCGCACUGGCGAGCGUAAGCGCAAGUCUGUGCGUGGAUGCAUCGUGGACGCCAACAUGUCUGUGCUGGCUCUGGUCGUCUUGAAGAAGGGUGAGAAGGACAUUCCCGGUCUCACCGACACCACCAUCCCACGUCGCCUGGGACCCAAGCGUGCUAGCAAGAUCCGCAAGCUCUACAACUUGAGCAAGGAAGAUGAUGUGCGUCGCUUCGUUGUGCGUCGCCCUUUGCCCGCCAAGGACAACAAGAAGGCCACCUCCAAGGCCCCCAAAAUUCAGCGCCUGAUCACCCCCGUUGUGCUGCAGCGCAAGCACCGUCGCAUUGCGCUGAAGAAGAAGCGCCAGAUCGCUUCCAAGGAGGCUUCCGCCGACUACGCCAAGCUGUUGGUGCAGCGCAAGAAGGAGUCCAAGGCCAAGCGCGAGGAGGCCAAGCGCCGCCGUUCUGCCUCCAUUCGCGAGUCCAAGAGCUCUGUCUCCAGCGACAAGAAGUAAACACCGCGACACGGAACCCACAUUCUUCGUUUAAGCAGAAACUGAACGUUGAUCACAACCAAAUGAUCCACGAGAGGAGAAAUAAAACUUUGUAACCAUUUAUGUUAAAUAAACGCGAUAAAUGGUAUAG